AUGAGCAUUAACAACGGUUGGAAGCCUAAAGAGGCACUGCAACAGAAGGUCAACCAAGACAAAGGGAAAGCAGUAAUUGAAACCAUAGUUAUUGAUGUGCCAAAUGUGGAGAGAGUACAAACCAAGGUCCUAACCACCACUCAGAUAGCUGAAUGCUCUGCUCCAAAGGCUCUCCCCAUUUAUGCAAAUCUAGCUAAUGAGAUUCUGAAUACCACACAACUUGUAGACAACCUAGUAACCUCUAUAAACACAAUCGCUUCUCCACUUGCUGAUUGUAAUGUCUUGCUUCCAUCUUCCACAAAUUUUUUGGUUUAG